CGAACUCGUUUACGGGGGCCCCAUCCUGUAGGGCUUCUUUUCUGCAGCUGUUUUGGUCAAAAAUCCAUGGCGCGUUCGGCCCCACUGCGGGUGCUGUUCCAUGUGGCUCCGGCGGAGCCCUAUGCGCUGCGAUUUCAGGAACGAUUGCAUCGCAUCCUGCCAGCUGAUGCGGAGCUGCAGCUGGGCUUGACACUGUCGGAGUUCAGUCCCAAGUUCGUGCAGUCUGCGGAGGUGCUGCUACUGUCGCCCUACAUUGGCGGAGACACGGUGAAGAAAGUGGCCACUCUUCUGCCAGAGAUGAGUCAACUGCGCUGGGUCCAUUCCUUUACGGCAGGUGUGGACGCCUUCCUGGAGAUCUUGAGAUCCCACGAGGCCUCUGCGAAGGCGCCGUUGACCAACGCCAAGGGCGCCUUCAGCUGGAGCCUGGCGGAGUAUGCCAUGGGAGGAAUGCUGUACUUCAACAAGCAGCUUCCAAAACUCCAGCAACACAAAGAGAUGAGAAAAUGGGAUCGUUUCCCCAUGAACUGCUUGCGUGGCAAGCGUGUGGGCUUCAUUGGCUUCGGGAACAUUGCCCAGCAGACGGCCAUGCUGUGCCGGGCCAUGCGCAUGAAACUGGUGGCACAUUGCAGGAACCCCCAGACGGUGCAAGAUUCGCCCUUUGCAGCGGAUGCUGAGUUUUGCGAUUCCAAAGGGGAAGUCUUCCGAAGUUGCGAUUUCAUCGUUUGCACCUUGCCGAAGACGCCCCAGACGGAGCACUACUGCGACGAGUCCUGCUUCUCAGUCGCCAAGGAGGGCAGCGUCUUUCUGAGCCUCGGGAGAGGCCAGGCGGUGGAUGAGGCCGCCCUGCUGCGGCACAGCGAUCGCUUCAGCGGCAUCGUUCUGGACGUCUUCGAGCGCGAACCGCUGCCAGAGGCAUCGCCGCUGUGGCAGCUGCCGAAUGCUCUGUUGAGCUCGCACAAUGCGGAUCUGGUGGAGAGCUAUGAGGAGGACACGGUGCAGGUCUUUGAGGAACGCCUCAAGGAGUUCCUGGCGGAGGAUUUCCGGAAGUUCUCUGUGGAGGUGGAGAAAGGUUCUGGCUAUUGAUGACGUGGGUGAUGGAAGAUCCUGCCCCCCCAAAAAAGGUGCGGCGGCGAUGGAAGGCGAAGGUGCUGGAGAUGGAAAACCAUGUGCUGAAUUUGGGCGUGAACAUCUUCCAUGUCUGAACCGCUUUGCAGAAUCGACCGACCCGACAGAUCGACAGAUCCGACGGCGGCAAAA